AGGCAAUCCAACUCUUUGUCCGGUGUUUGAUACUAUCCAGUGCGCUGUCCAUCUCCGCCGCCUGUUGCCGCUCUGCGAUAUCUCGGCUGUUUCUUUACGACGCUCGACUGAAUUCCACAGAUCCCGACACCAUCGGACCUUCUCCCGCCCGGCUUCCGCCACUCAACACUCUCGGCAGAGCGCAGCAAAUCAACAAACCUUCAAAAUGGCCGCUCGCGCACCUCCCGCUGGUCGACCAGGCCUGAACACUCGCUUCGCGCAGUUUAAACUAGUUCUUUUGGGCGAAUCUGCUGUUGGAAAGAGUUCAAUAGUCCUGCGUUUUGUCAAGGACCAAUUCGACUCCUUCCGAGAAUCCACCAUUGGAGCAGCUUUCCUCACCCAGACUAUCUCUCUCGAUGAGAACACGACGGUCAAGUUCGAGAUCUGGGAUACCGCUGGUCAGGAGCGAUACAAAUCCCUUGCUCCCAUGUACUACCGAAAUGCCAACUGUGCCGUCGUUGUAUAUGAUAUCACGCAAUCCGCAUCACUAGACAAGGCCAAGGCGUGGGUAAAGGAACUCCAACGCCAGGCAAACGAGAACAUCAUCAUUGCCCUUGCUGGCAACAAGCUUGAUUUGGUCACUGAGCAGCCCGAUAAGCGAGCCAUCCCAACUGCAGAUGCCGAGGCCUAUGCCCGCGAGGCCGGCCUCCUCUUCUUCGAGACGUCUGCCAAGACGGCUGAGAACGUGCGAGAACUCUUCACCGCCAUUGCGAAGAAGCUACCCUUGGACCAAGUCGGACCCAGACAUGCUCGACCCGGGCAGCGUCCCGGCGUCAGCCUUGCACCAGAGAAUUCCAACACUAAUGUCAACGGACCAUGCAGCUGCUAGACAACACAUGAUAAGAGGUUGCGGCGGGACGUCUAAUGAUGCCUAUGUACCUACGUCCUGCAAUGCAUCCAUGGGGGUGGAUCAUUCAGGUUCAGGCCGGGAUAGACUGACAGCAGUGAUUCAAAGCCUUGGCUUGCAUCAAGCAAGUCCAGGUGCGUCGUAUAUUUCUCGGAGUCUUGGGUUUGGAGGGUUAUUGGCCGACGAUUUAUUGUUUUUGGUCUCUUUUUUAUUUUCCUCUUUUUUUUUUUCUUUUUUAAUAUGCACCUUUGAUAUUUUUGUGCUCGUCUUGAUGCACUGGGAUGUGCAUAGGGACUUCAAAGGUAGAUUCUCUCGCAGAUGGGCUUAUUCUGAGCUACGGGAUGCCUAGUGGAGGAUUAUGAGAUACGGGAACGAUGUGUAUUCUGUCCUUCGGUGAAUCUGACUGAGCGUCUAAUAGAUUGCUGCUUUGAUUAG